AUGGAAAAGCUAGCUUUUGCUUUGGUCACAGCUUCUAGGAAGUUAAGGUAUUACUUUCAAGCUCAUAUCACAAAUGUCUUGACAGAUCAUCCAUUAAAGAAGGCAAUGAACAAGUUAGAAGCUGUAGGACGACUAAUCCAAUGGGUCGUAGAACUUAGCGAGUUUGAUGUCAGGUAUCAACCAAGAAGCGCAAUAAAAGCACAGGUAUUGGUGGAUUUCAUUGCAGAGUUCACUCCUAACCAAGGUGAGCAAGACGAGGUGGACGAAGCUCAGAGGUGGGUCAUCAAUGUGGAUGGCUCGUCCCCGUUAUAUGCUAGAGGAAUUGGAGUUAUACUUAAAUCCCCGGAAGGAGAUAAGUUGAAAUAUGUAGCCCGUCUACAAUACCAAACCACCAAUAAUGAAGCAGAAUAUGAAGCUCUCCUUAAAGGGUUGGAAUUGGCUAAGUCCUUAGGGGAGGAGUCAGUAGUUGUCCAAGGGGAUUCACAGUUGAUUAUUAACCAAGUGAAUGGAAUGUGUGAAGCUAAGGAAGAUUGGAUGAAGAAGUAUCUAAGCAUGGUGAAGCAGCUUGUCAAAAAAUUUAAAGAAGCCAGUUUUGUUCAGCUCCCGAGGGAGGAAAACAUGGAAGCAGACAUUUUGGCAAAAGCAGCUUUGGCAGGAAGAGCCAUGGAUGAGUAUGACAAAGUCCAAUACAUGCCGCGCAUAGAUCUUUUAGAGGUACAGCAGGUUGAAGGUGAAGAAAAUUGGAUGACUCCAAUAUUAAUUUAUCUCAAAGAUGGUAGACUUCAGGAGGACAAGGAUGAGGCUAGAAGAUUGAGGAUCAAAGCUGCCAAGUAUGUCCUCAUAGACGAAGUACUAUAUAAAAUGGGCUUCUCUCAGCCUUACUUAAGGUGCUUAACUCCGGACGAAUCAAACUAUGUGAUGAGGGAAGUUCAUGAAGGAGCAUGUGGAAACCACUCAGAAGCAAAAACACUAGUCCAUAAAGUUGUUCGUGCAAGUUACUACAGGCAGAUGGAGUUUUUAGUAAUAGAGAUUGAUUACUUCACUAAGUGGGUGGAAGCAGAACCCCUAACAAAGAUCACACAGCAGAAUGUCAAGAAUUUCGUCUGGAAGAACAUUACUCGGCUUGAGAGGGCAAAGGGAGUAUGGUCAGACGAGCUAUCAGGAGUUUUAUGGGCUUAUAGGACGACUGUGAGGACCCCCACAAAGGAAACUCUUUUCAAAGUAGCCUAUGAAAGUGAAGCAAUGAUACCUGCAGAAGUGCACAUGGCUAACCACAGGGUGAUGAAGUAUCAAGACGAGGAUAACGAGGAGCAACUUCUCCUCAACCUUGAUCUGAUCGACGAAGUAAGGAUGAACACAGAGCAAAGGACUGCAAGAUAUAAAAACCUCAUGGCUCAACAAUAUGAUGUAAUGGUCAAACCCAGGCGCUUCAACAUUGGAGACCUUGUCCUAAGAAUGGUUUCCUUGACAACCAAAAAUCCAACCCAUGGGAAAUUAGGACCUAAUUAG